CAGUUGUUUGCUUACACAGAAGCAUCUAAUCACUCUGCUGCACACGCAGUACGUACUCACACCGGGCCCAACGUGAUACCAGCGAGUGGUAAACAUGAUGUUCAACUUGUCAUUUGACUUCUUGGACAAUAGCACUGACAACAUGUCAGACGAGUCUGGAGACUUUGACAUGGACUUCCAGGAGCCAUGUGGCACAACUCCCAACAGCAACUUCAACAAGAUUUUCCUCCCAACAGUCUACGGAAUUAUAUGUUUUCUGGGAGUCAUUGGCAACGGAUUAGUUGUUUUUGUCAUGGGCUUUCAGAAAAAGGUGAAAACGAUGACUGACAAGUACCGGCUUCAUCUCUCCGUGGCUGACCUCCUGUUUGUCAUCACAUUGCCCUUCUGGGCCGUGGAUGCAGCCAGCAGCUGGAACUUUGGAGGUUUCCUCUGUGUGACUGUGCACAUGAUCUACACAUUGAACCUGUACAGCAGUGUGCUGAUCCUGGCCUUCAUCAGUCUAGACCGAUAUUUGGCAGUUGUGCACGCCACCAACAGCCAAGCCAAAAGGAAGCUGCUUGCGACUAGAGUGAUCUACUUGGGUGUGUGGCUGCCUGCAGCUGUGCUGACUGUACCUGAUCUGGUGUUUGCCAGGACACAAGACACGGGUUCUUCAAAAUAUCUCUUUUUUGACGAAAGCAUGGAGACUGCAGACUCCAGGAUCAUCUGUCAGCGCAUCUACCCGGAGGAAUCCAGUCUCACGUGGACAGUCGUUUUUCACUUCCAGCACAUCCUGGUGGGCUUCAUCCUGCCUGGUCUGGUCAUCCUCAUCUGCUACUGCAUCAUCAUCACCAAGCUGUCGCAAGGCUCCAGGGGCCAAACUCUGAAGAAGAAAGCCCUGAAGACAACAGUCAUCCUCAUCGUUUGUUUUUUCUCCUGCUGGCUGCCCUACUGUGUUGGCAUCUUUUUGAACACCUUGAUAAUGCUCAACGUAGUCUCUCCCUCUUGUGAAAUGGAUCAAGCGCUGGUGAAGUGGAUUUCCAUCACAGAGGCGCUGGCCUAUUUUCACUGCUGCCUGAACCCCAUCCUCUAUGCUUUCCUGGGAGUUAAGUUCAAGAAAUCAGCCCGGAGUGCGCUGACAUCUGGCAGCAGAUCAAGUCAGAAAGUGACUCUCAUGACAAAAAAGCGAGGGCCAAUUUCAUCUGUGUCAACUGAGUCCGAGUCCUCAAGUGUUUUGUCAAGCUAACAAACAUUCGAACUUAGAGUCUGUGACUUGAUACUCUCAGGAGAGAAAGAAAACUAAGCUCCAAUUUCAAAGAACUUACUACAUUUUGUACAGAUGUAAAAAAAAAAAAGAAAGAAAGAGUUUUUAUACUUUUUGAUUUGUUUGCCUUUUUUACUGCAAUUGUGUGUCUUGUGUUUUUAUCGCAAUUUGUGCAAGUUUUAUGUUCCUCAAAGCAGAUUGUGUCCUCAGGCAGUGCCUCAUUUCCACUCACUCAGCUUUACAAUCAAGAUCCAUUUCCCCUGUUUUCAUCUUUAAAAUCUGUGCUGCUGUAUCAAAGCUCAGUCAUACAAUGCCCUAUUCUGUUUUCAGGGAUAGUAGCUGCUCUCGGAAACCUGUACAUAGUUUGUAGCAUAUGUGUGUUCGCACUUAAGUUGUGUAAUUAUCUGAAAGCUGUUAUUUAUUGCUGUAGUUCACACUGGAAGUUUUGUGAGAGAGAAACUGCAUGCUGCUUUUUUUUUUACCAUUUUGAGUUAGUUUUUUUAUGAAAAAAUAAAAAAAUCCAAUGCUUCUAA